AUGAUUCGAGUCCAUAAAUUUUUGGUGCCUAAUAGAAUUGCUGUAAUUACCAAUAAUCGACUAUUUCAAACAACGGUUUAUCGAUACAAACAAGAAUUUAUAUCACCUGACCAACCUCGUCAUUCAGGUCCGGAAGAAAGGGAUCCACAAAGAACAAGUCCUACCCGUGAAAAACCAUUGAGUGAAGGCCAUGCUCUCGAUAAAGCCAAGGAUGUUUUAGGCGUGAUGAAAGAUACAGCAGCCAGUGCUACCGAGAAGGUCAAAGACGUUUUUACACGAAUGACUUCACCUGCUUUAGAUGUUCAGUCUGAAGCUGUGACUAAAGGACUUAAAGAUCAUACGCAGCAAUUAAAAGAUAAGGGCCAGAAAAAUUUGGAAAAUGCAAAAGAUAAAGGUUAUAAUACUAUGGAGAGUAUGAAAGAGAAAGGGCGUGAAAAUUUGGCAUAUGCAAAAGAUAAAGGUUAUGAUACCAUGGAAUAUGCAAAAGAUAAAGGUUAUGAUGCUAUGGAGAGUAUGAAAGAGAAAGGGCGUGAAAAUUUGGAAUAUGCAAAAGAUAAAGGUUAUGAUACCAUGGAAUAUGUAAAAGAUAAAGGUUAUGAUACUAUGGAGAGUAUAAAAGAGAAAGGUCAAAAUUUAGCGGAUAAAGCUUUAGAAGUUGAUUCUUCUAGUGAGAAAAUUGAUAGACAACGAGAAUCCAAAGAAAGAUUGGCUAAUCCGGAACCCGGUCGUCAUCCUAAAGGACCUGUUGAAGAAGUUAAACAAACUGUUCGUGAUGUUGCUGAUAGCCACUAA